AUGUCGUGGCUGUUCGGCCUGAACAAGGGGCAGCCUGAAGUGCCCCCCGGUCUCCCGGUUCCCCCUGCACCGCCUGCCCCGCCGGCUGGAGGCUCCGGCGGCGGCGGAGAUAAACCCAAGGACAAAUGGAGCAACUUCGAUCCCACCGGGCUGGAGAGGGCUGCUCAGGCGGCCAAGGACCUCGACAACUCCCGACAUGCCAAAGAAGCUCUGGACUUGUCUCGAAUGCAGGAGCAGAGCACUCAGAUGGAGCAUCAGAGCAAAAUAAAGGAGUACGAAGCAGCAGUUGAGCAGAUCAAAGGAGACCAAAUACGAGUUCAAGCGGAGGAGAGGAGGAAAACUCUUAAUGAGGAGACCAAGCAGCAUCAAGCGAGAGCUCAUUUUCAAGAUAAGCUGGCCAGACAGCGAUAUGAGGACCAACUAAGGCAACAGCAAACACUGAAUGAUGAGAACCUCCGCAAACAAGAGGAGUCUGUGCAGAAGCAGGAGGCCAUGAGGAAAUCGACAAUAGAGCACGAGAUGGGGCUGAGGCACAAGAACGAGCUCCUGCGUAUACAGGCCGAGACCAAAGCACGAGCCCAGGUGGAGCGAGAGAACGCCGACAUCAUCCGCGAGCAAAUCCGUCUGAAGGCUGCAGAACACAGGCAGACGGUCCUGGAGUCCAUAAAGACUGCAGGUGCUGUGUUUGGAGAAGGGUUCAGGGCCUUUGUGUCGGACUGGGACAAAGUUACAGCCACGGUGGCAGGGCUGACCCUUUUAGCUGUGGGAGUUUAUUCAGCCCGAAGCGCAACCGGGGUGGCAGGACGUUACAUCGAGGCCAGGCUCGGGAAGCCGUCGCUGGUGCGGGAAACGUCCCGAUUCACCGUGGCAGAGGUUAUCAAGCAUCCGGUCAAGAUGGCCAAGCGUCUGAAGAGCAAACCUCAGGACGCUCUUGAGGGAGUUGUGCUCAGUCCUUCCCUGGAGGAGCGUGUACGUGAUAUUGCCAUAGCAACAAGAAACACAAGGCAGAACAACGGCCUGUACAGGAACAUCCUGAUGUACGGCCCGCCAGGCACGGGCAAAACUCUCUUUGCUAAGAAGCUGGCAAUGCAUUCUGGGAUGGACUACGCAAUCAUGACUGGUGGUGACGUGGCACCCAUGGGCCGUGACGGUGUGACAGCCAUCCACAAAGUGUUUGACUGGGCUGGCACAAGUCGACGCGGACUUCUGCUUUUUGUUGAUGAAGCUGAUGCAUUCCUUCGUAAGAGAUCCACUGAAAAGAUCAGUGAAGACCUCAGAGCCACUUUGAAUGCAUUCUUGUAUCGCACUGGAGAGCAGAGCAACAAGUUCAUGCUGGUGUUGGCAAGUAACCAACCAGAGCAGUUUGACUGGGCCAUAAACGACCGUAUCGAUGAAAUGGUGAACUUUGCUCUUCCGGGUCCUGAUGAGAGGGAGAGGCUGGUCCGGCUGUACUUUGACAAAUAUGUGCUGGAGCCCGCCACUGGAGGGAGGCAGAGGAUGAAGCUGGCACAGUUUGAUUAUGGUCAAAAGUGCUCCGACAUAGCGAAGCGUAUAGAGGGCAUGUCAGGAAGAGAGAUCUCUAAGCUGGGUGUGGCCUGGCAGGCGGCAGCAUAUUCCUCUCAAGAUGGCGUCCUGACAGAGGCUAUGAUUGACGCUCGAGUCGACGAAGCUUUCAAGCAGCACCUUCAGAAGAUGGACUGGCUUCAUGGAGACGAAGAGGCUCAGACCAGGACCCUUACCCGUCCCCUAGCUGGAGUGAAGGCCGGCGUAGACCAAAUGGGCUUCACUUUGCCCCUCAGCGAGGCCCCAGAGGCUCAUGAGGUGAUCGCUCCAGUUCUUGAGUCAAGUACAAAACUAGAAGGUGAAAGUUUAGCACCUCUUUCAGACAUCGACCAACCAGCAGAAGGAAAAAGUGCCCCCCCAGCUGGACAGGACUGUGACGAUGCUGUCAAAGCUGCGACAGAAGCAGAGAGUUUAGCCCCCACUGACAGUGAAGGCAAAGUGACAGAAAAGGAAGACAAAGCUGCAUCUCCUCCUCCAAAGGAUGGAACUCCAGUUUAAGUCUUAGAUUUGUUCAAUGGGCGGCCUGGAUUAGAAAGAUUAGUGUCCGGCCUCUUUAACUAGUGUGUCAGUUUGUCUUAAAGUAUGUUGGACUGUCUGUGACAGAAGAUGAGUUCAGCAGGUAGGAGCAAAUAAUCAACUAACUUGACAAAAAAAACAAAUGAUGCCUGACACCUAAUAUAUAUGAUAUACAUUGUAAAAGUGUACUUUACAUGGAAACCAGACUGUGUGUCUGCAAUAACAGUAUAUAAGUGUUAUGCACUGUGGAGAGUCUGUUGAAAUGAUUAAAUGCAUCUGUGUUUUUAUAAACAAAUGAUCUCAUGUUUUCGGGGUGCAGUUGCUGGUGAUGUUACACAACCUGUAUAGCAGAGGUCAAGAGAGUCUUUCAGUAAGGGGCAUGACAUCUUUGGAUUUAGUUGUACAUAACCCUUGUAAAAUGCUUAUGUACAAUUUAGAAACAUCAUACCUUGCAAUUAAAUUAUCAAGCAUUAUUAAGGGUUUUCAAAGACUGUAUAGCAACACAAUGAAUCACGUCAGAGAGGAGGUGGUGAGAUUGGAUGAGGCAGUGAUCCCGUCCUAUAGGAACCCACAAGGGAUUUCAUAACUCAUACAAACUAAUGGGGGCUUCAGGAAGCUUUUUCUACUGAGCAGAGUCAAGGGUGUGAAGCUGUCCUUGGUUUGAAAAGGCCCCAUGAUACAACUUCCUGUCAGACAUUAUAGGAUGACUUGAUGUUAUAUGAAGUACAGGUUCACUUAAAUAUCCAAACAAUCUGGUCAUUCCUAUUAUGAAAGUAAUAUUUUGAUGAUGGUGAACUUGAUUUUAAAAAUAGUUUUUCCUGUAUGCUCACAACACUGCAACAAGGUCCCCUCAACAGCUUCAUUGUGAGUCCGACAACAUUAAAGGAAGGCUACCUUAUGCAAGCUAUCCAA